AUGAAUUCUGACUUGUGCACUUCCCCACUAAGCACAAGGCCAGAAAAGACACUUGGGAUUUCGGCUAAGGAGACGGAUAGCAUAUUUUUUGAUCCGUCUAAAUCUCCGAACCCUCGAUGUGCUGCACGACGGCAGUUCAUACACAACAGAAUGAUGAGGAAGCAGCAUCCAUAUCCCGUAUAUCCAGCUCCAAUAGAGCAUAUCGGAUACUUGGAAAAUGGCCUUGCACAACUGCGUUCUUCAACCUUGUACAAAGGCUAUAAAGCCAAGCUUGCUGCUCGCGAGACGGCACGCCAACGCCUUGUGGUGACUGCAUGGGAAAUUGAAGAAUCAGAGCGCUUCACUGCAUUCCUUGAUGCCCUGCAUAGCGAGAAUGAAGAACGACUUGGAUUUGCAGACGAGGAGUUGCAGAACUUUAGGAGGAUUUUUUCUGAGCGUGACCGCACAGAAGUUGACGAUGAUAGAGAUUACCUUCAAGCCAUCUAUGAAGAUGAAUGCGAAAUCCUUCAUGUUACCUCAGCCCAAGCUGAACAGAUCUCAAAGAUCUUAGGUUCACGAACCAAAGACGCAUUCUUACAAUCCGGACCUGCGGACUCGCAAUCCCGGUUCCCCAGUCUUGAGAUUCAUGACGAUGAUGAUAUUGUUCUAGACGAUUCUUCGGACCUGGAUUCCGAAGAAGAGUGUCUUGGGGCACCGGUGGGGGCUGGUGAAGCGCCUGAUGAUGUGACUAGUAGUACCACCAUCUGCAUGCCCUUCCAAUCGCGGUCUGGUCUGAAUCCCUCACACGUCCCAGCGGACACUCAGAUGUGUCUCAGCGACGAACAACCCCAUGAACCAAUGGCAAACAUUUUCAAUCCACACGACGGGUUCAGCUCAAGCACUCGUUACGACAACUACAAUUCCUUCAGUGCACAUGCUCCCAGUGGUUAUGUGCCGUCGUUCCACCCUGCUCACACCUACGACACUCACACGGUACCUAGAACUGACCCUGCCUAUCAAUCAAACCCCAAUAACAACAUUCCACCGUAUGAGCCGCCGGUGUUCGAUUAUGAGAGUUAUAGAUCGUUUGAUGGCUCAUACAGUCCCAGGCGUCUCGAGCAUCUUUCCGAUUUCGACAACAUGCAAGCACCUAACCCGCACCACAUACAAAUUCCUCAACUAUUCGACCACAAUGAAGAGGAACCAUUGGAGCCUCGAGAUGCUCUUGUCCCCGUCGCAAUGGGUGAGAUACCGCGUUCACAAGUUAUACACACAACGGGACCCGCGCGAUCGUCCAACAGACGACGACGUACUCGACAAUUACCUGGAACACCACAAUUUACUCACGAGAGCCCUGUUGUUCCUGCAACAACACAGGCUGAUGUCACUGCAACAAUGCACGCAACUCCGAGCCAUGCAGGAGCCUCGGGCGACAACCAUUAUUUCCAGGUUACAGGACCCAUCUGUGAUCAAAUCUUCAAACGCUCCAAAGAACUUGUCGUGGGCAUCGCCCUCACAAAGGACGCGAUGGCCUUGUCUACGGCCGACAAGAAACGUAUUAUCAAGUCUAUCAUUCGAAAGGCGACACCCAAGAUUCCAGGGCUUAAUGGAAUACCACGCUGGGAGAAUCAAACCAAGGACCUUGCAACAAUCUGGCGAGCGGUAAUUGUCAUGCGCACGGCGGUUACGACCCUCACUCGAGAAGGCGUCGUAAUGGCCUAUGGACUUUUCCCUCCGCAGGGCAGUCCAAUCUCCCCCGAGACCUUCCGCAUGGAUCGUGUGAGACACCUCAUUCGAAACAACGUGUUCAUGCACGAUUACUCAUUUAAUGUGGACGGGACGCUGACAAUUCACUCGAAGUUCAAAAAUCACUUCAUUCUUCACCUUGUCACGCGAAUGGUAUGGAAUAUGCGCUUUCAACUCGACAUUUUGCUCGUCUCGCCACGCAGACAGCUGCACUUCGCAAUGGGACUGGCCGGCGCAAUAACAAAAUGUGUGCUGGCGGAACAAGCACACCUGAUACUCACUGCACCUAAGUCGUCCCCAGACGCAGAUGCUUUUACCUUCGAAAUGAUCUGUUCGGGCAUGGAUGAUCUCACUGAUGAGGAGAAAGCUGACUUGGACGGGUGGAAAGACCAUAUGGUCAUUUGUCACAGGGACGUCUCAACAGCGCAGGAAUGA